UUCAAUCGCCGAAGGAGUCCUCGCCGAAAGUGACUUCGCCGACGUUGACCUUGCAGUGAAAUCCCGCUGCCAUGUUUACAUACAUUAGCAUUGUACUCAAUCAUCGUGACGUCAGACAUCAGACACCACAUGCUGGAAGAGUAUAGAGAAGCUACCACCGUAUAAGAUAGCUUUCUUUACUCAAGCACUGUUUCUCAUACCUCCACACCCUAUUCCCAGGCAAGUCCAUCGACCACAGCAACAGCAGCAGCAGCAGCACAAUGUCCCACCACCACGACGACCACCACCCCGCCUCCCUCCCCGGCGACCCCCUCAGCACCAAAAGCCGGGUGCUGGAGACCGGCGCCAGCAUGGUGCAGGACUUCGCGCCGGUCAAGAACAUCUGCGCGCACCUGAACGCCUUCCACGUGUACGCCUCGGACAAGACGCGCUGCGUGGAGGCGAACCACUACUGUUCACAUAUCACAGAGGAUAUAAGACAAUGCCUCCUCUACGACAGCCCGUCCCCCACCGCCCGCCUACUGGGGGUCGAGUACAUGAUCACGCCCAAACUCUACAACACCCUGCCCGCGGAGGAACGGCGACUCUGGCACACGCACGAGUUCGAGGUCAAAUCGGGGAUGCUGGUCAUGCCGGCGCCGGCGGGGGUGCCCCAGGCGCUCUGGGAGACGGCCGAGACGGCCGAGAUGCAGGACAUCGUCCCGCUGUACGGCAAGACGUAUCAUUUCUGGCAGGUGGAUCGCGGGGAUGCCGUGCCGAUGGGGGCGCCGGAGCUGAUGGCGAGUUUUACGUCGGAGGAGCGCGUGAAAGUGGCGAGGGAGGGGGGCAUGGAGGAGUUGUGUCGGGGGAGGGAUGAGAGGUUUGGGGUCGAUUGGAGGCGGAAGAGGGAGGUGAGGGAGGGGUUGCGCGGGGUGGAGGGGGGGUUGCAUCCUGAUGCGGAUGCGAUGUGGGAGGAGUGA